CCUACAGCCACACCACAGUUUGCAGCAACACACCACAGCCAGCAGUUACCACCCCCACCCUGUGCUCCACCCUGUUGCCUCCCUCCCAUUGGCCGCCAUGGGCUCCUGCCUCUCCUCCGAGGCCCCCGCCGCCGGCGACGGGCCAGCGUGGCGGAAGAGGCGCCGCGGGAGCCGGGAGGGCUUGGCCGGCGGCGGUCCCUUCUCCAGCGGCGGCAAGAGGCUGCCUGGAGGCGGGGGAGAGAUGACGGAGGACGAGCUCGCGCGGGUCUCCGGGAGGAUGUACGGCAACGGCGCGAGCGCCGUGGCGUGCCUCCACACGCAGCAGGGGCGGAAGGGCACGAACCAGGACGCCAUGGUCGUGUGGGAGAGUUUUAAUUCAAGUGAUAGUAUCUUCUGUGGUGUGUUUGAUGGCCAUGGGCCUUAUGGUCAUUUUGUUGCCAAGAAAGUUAGAGAUUCACUUCCUGUCAAGCUGCGCACACAAUGGCAAACCAGUGCUAAUGGGGCCUCUAGUCCUCAUCAAAAUGGAAGCAUCUCUGGAAGUAUCAACUCUGAAGAAACAGGUUCUGUUGUUGAUGAUGAAUGGAGUGAAUCCAUUAAUGGCGAUGAGGGUGACAAGCUUCCUGAGAUGUUUCUUCCACUUAAGCAAUCCUACUUUAAAGCUUUCAAAUUGAUGGAUAAGGAACUCAAGCUGCAUCCCACAGUUGAUUGUUUCUGCAGUGGAUCUACGGCAGUAACAUUGGUGAAACAGGGAUUGGACCUUGUUAUUGGAAAUCUUGGGGAUUCAAGAGCAAUAAUGGGGACAAGAGAUGCCUCCAACAAUCUAACUGCUGUACAACUCACUGUUGAUUUGAAGCCUAACCUUCCUAGGGAAGCUGCAAGGAUCCAGCAAUGUAAAGGAAGAGUUUUUGCUCUUCAGGAUGAACCAGAUGUUGCUAGAGUAUGGUUGCCAAAUAACGACUCUCCUGGAUUGGCAAUGGCAAGAGCUUUUGGAGAUUUCUGCCUUAAAGAUUAUGGCUUAAUAUCUGUUCCUGAGAUAUCAUAUCGCCGUCUUACUGAAAAGGACGAAUUUAUAAUAUUGGCCACUGAUGGGGUUUGGGACGUCCUCUCAAACAAGGAGGCUGUUGACAUAGUAGCAUCAGCACCAUCUCGGGCAACAGCAGCCAGGGCUCUUGUUGAUUGUGCUGUCAGAUCUUGGAGAUUGAAGUUCCCGACAUCCAAGAGUGAUGACUGUGCUGUUGUCUGCUUAUUCUUGGAUCAUGAGAAGUCACCUGAGUCUGUUGAGGAGGGCGAACCCAAUGAGGAGAUGGUAGAAACCACCGGGGAGGUUUCAACACAAGAUGCCAGUGCUGAGGUUGAUGAAGACAUUUCAGAUGUAAAUGUACAUAUAUCCAGUGAAGAGCACAUCACCACGGCCACAUUGCAACACUCCAACACAUUAAGGGAGGUAGAUGAGAUUGUACCGGUUGAUGAACCUCCCAUCUUGAAGGAGCCAGAAAGGUGUGGAUCUGCUCGCAGCCUGGCAGAUUGCAUAUCAACAAACGAGGAAGAGGAAUGGUCCGCGCUCGAAGGCGUGACCCGGGUGAAUUCCCUCCUGAAUCUCCCUAGAAUACUGUCAGGUGAUAAGAGAUCGACCAGCUGGAGGAAGCGGCGGUAAACAGCAAAAGGAAUCUCCCUAGAAUUCUUAGCUGGAUUCAGGUUGGGUGCUUGCAGAGAGGCACAUUUCAAACCAGCGUGGGCAUUUUCAUUCAGGCCGUGUAAAUUCUUCGGUCUCUGGGAUUUGUUCUAGCUGAUUUUUAGGCUUCCCCCAGAUUGUUUUGACCGGCAGGCGUGUACAUUCCAGAUUGCUUAUGCUUUGCCAGGAGGUUGUGCCAUGCUUGGGCUUCUUUGCUCCGUUUGUGCAUAAGAAAGUUUUUGUUAUGUAAGAAGCUUCUUUUUGUAAAUCAUGCGAUACCUUCUGACAUUGGAUGGAUGCUCGCCUGCUGUGCUGUCCGUGACUAUUCAAACAAAGACGGAUUCAGUACUAUAUGUGUUAUAUUAGGUCGUGAUUUGGUUCA